AUGGUCUCAGCUCUGCUUUUGCGCGCCCGCCAGAACGGCCGAGCUGCUCGAUGCCUCGACUACCCCAAGGUCAAGUGCUGGGCACUUGCGUCUUUACCUAAAUCGUCCCUCGAGAAGCCAGGAUUUUCUCAAGUACGGAGGUUCUCAGUUUUCCAUCCGCAAUCACAAGUGAACCUUGACCUGACUCGGAAUAUCGGUAUAAUAGCACACAUCGAUGCGGGCAAGACGACCACUACAGAGCGGAUGCUCUAUUAUAGUGGGCUCACAAGACGGAUAGGAGACGUGGAUGAAGGUUCCACAGUUACGGACUUCCUCCCUGCAGAACGCGCCCGGGGUAUCACUAUUCAAUCCGCUGCGAUCACCUUCCACUGGCCGCCUGCGGAGUGCGGCAAUGCUACUCGGCAAGACCCUCGAUCUCCAAGAUCUGCGUCAUCUCACAUGGUAAACCUGAUAGAUACGCCCGGUCACGCAGACUUCACAUUCGAGGUUCUGCGGUCAUUGCGCAUUCUCGAUGGCGCAGUGUGCAUCCUAGAUGGUGUGGCUGGUGUGGAGGCACAGACAGAGCAGGUUUGGCACCAAGCGAGUACAUACAACAUCCCUCGGAUUGUCUACGUCAACAAGAUGGAUAGAGAUGGUGCGGCCUUUGGGCGAACAGUACGGGAAGUUGCUUCCCGGCUCGGAGGAUGGCCCGCUGUUUGCCAGAUCCCGUGGUUUGAGGGAGGGGACGGAAGGUUCGUUGGUGUUGCCGACGCAAUCAAUCUACAAGGACUCCUAUGGAGUGGAGGAGACGGCAAAUCAGUUAAAAGGUUCAGUCUUUCCGAAUUGGAUGAGGCAGAGAGUCAGCUAGCGCAAGAACUCCGCCGCGCGCGGGUAGCCCUAGUCGAGUUGCUGAGUGAGCACGACGAGAUAAUUGUGGAAAAGUUCUUCGAGAACGAAGAGGAUCACCUAUCGGUUUCACCGGCAGAUAUUUUGGAUAGCCUACGCCGUUGCCUCUUAGAAGGAAACGGGAGGAAAAUCAUCCCCAUAUUUGCUGGUGCUAGUUUCCGCAACAUCGGCGUCCAACCGCUGCUUGACAGUGUCGUCGAUCUCCUCCCUAGUCCCCAGGAAACGCCAGACCCGGAAGUUGCUAUUGGGGGAGUCAAAGGAAGUCUGAGACGCUUGCUCUCUGGGGAUCUACUCGUGGAGCAAAAGGAGAAAGCGGCGCCCAAGGGCAAACAGAAAAAAAAGGCCGCUGUAGUAGCUGACAGUCGCAACGCUAUCAAGCAGUUGCACGGUUGCGGGCUGGCGUUCAAAGUGGUCAAUGACGCGAAACGUGGAGUCCUCGUAUAUGUUCGUGUCUACUCCGGGUCCUUGGACCGCGGUAGUCUAUUAUAUAAUACCAACUUGAAUGUUUCGGAGCGCGCACCUCGCCUCCUCAAAAUGUACGCCAACGAUGCGGUUGAAGUUGAUUCGAUCAGUGAAGGACAAAUUGGGGUUGUGGUCGGCCUCAAGCACGCCCGUACUGGCGAUACACUUGUUGCUUGCACUACCAACAAGGCGACUCCACCUGAACCUCUGGAUACCCUCCAACUACGCCCAAUUGACGUACCGCCACCAGUGUUCUUCGCAAGCGUCGAACCUCACAGCCUAGCUGAGGAGAAACGGAUGCACGAGUCGUUAGCUUUGCUUUUACGUGAAGACCCUAGCCUUCAUGUAAGCAUUGACGAGGACUCCGGACAAACGCUAUUAAGCGGAAUGGGAGAGCUUCACCUAGAGAUUGCCCGUGAUAGACUCAUCAACGACCUCAAAGCCAAGGCAACCAUGGGUCCUAUUGAAAUUGGAUACCGCGAAUGCCCACUCGGAGCAUCGGGCCCUGUCACCAAGAUCUUCGACAGAGAGAUUGCAGGCCGCAAGGGCAAAGCCGGCUGCACUGCAGAGAUAGAGCCCUUCGACCCAGAAACAUCUCCUGCCCCAGACCCAGCAGCCCUCUCGGUCGAAAUUGCAAACGGGAACCAAAUCGUCAUCCUUGCCCCAGAACUACAGAUCGAAACCAACAAAAAGGGUCUCGAAGAAAGCCCCAUUCUCCCGCCUGGUCUAGAUGUCGAUGCUGUCCGCUCAGCCCUCUCAAAUGGUUGUCUCGCAGCCCUCGCCCGCGGUCCUCAAUUCACCUUUCCCAUGCACAGCACUCGCGUGACCCUCACCCUAAGUCCAACAGCCCAUAUAUUCGGGAACGAGACUACAUCUGCAUCUCUCUCCGCCGCCACUCGCCUUGCAACCUCUACAGCGCUCUCUAACCUCAUCUCAAACCCCGCCUCGGCAUCUGCUACACCUGGAACAUGCCUCAUGGAACCCCUCAUGAACGUGAUCAUCAGCGUUGAUGAAGCCAGCCUCGGCGCCGUCGUUCACGACAUCUCCUCCUCCCGGGGCGGGCACAUCGUCUCCCUAGACGAAGACGUCCCCAUUGCAUCAACUGACCUCUCUAUACCCAAUACCGAAACCCCUGAUCCCGAGCUCGACCUCCCUCCUAUCGACCCUGCCAAGGUAUAUGCGCCCCCUGACCCCUUUCAAUCUUCCACCGUUGUUGGUGGGUCGAUGGCCUCCGACGCUAGGAAUCGACCGCGCACAAUCACAGCUAAAGUCCCGCUGAAGGAGAUGGUGGGUUACCUUAAGCACCUGAGGAGCUUGAGUGCAGGACGGGGUACUUUUGUUAUGAGCGUCGAUCGGUUCGAAAAAAUGAGUCCGCCUAGGCAGAAAGCUGUGCUGACGGAGUUGAGGGGUGUUUACUAGAGUAGAUUUGUAUAAUUGUGUAGUAUAAAUUU